AGCCGAUCACAGCAGUGACUCGGUCAAUGAGUUUUCUACGCGCCAAGGGGAACAGUUGAUUCUCGUGAUCUUGCCAACGAGUAACGAAGCUUUCCCGUUCGAUGGGGGAAUAAUCGGAGGAGGGUAUAAAGAAGCGGAUCGCCAACUUCGGCGGCAUUUCACGAUGCGUGCUCUGUGGAGCAUCGUUGCGAUCGCUGCUCUCGCGGCGGCGACGCCCGAUCCGCGAUGCAAUUCUCUGCGGACGUCGUGCUCCGACCUGUUCCUCGCGAUCGAUUGCGGGACUGUCAACGAGUGCAUCCCGCGAUGGGAAACCUUGGAAACUCCUGUCGGCAACGACACCGAACUCUGUGCCACCUGCAAGAAAAUGGUCCAAGAGGCCAGAGAGAACUUGCUGAGCAACAUGACCCAGAUCGAGCUCCGUGAGGUUCUCGAGGGUAGUUGCGACGACCUCAUCCCGAUUCCACCCUUCAACGUCAUUUGCAAGAAGCUCAUGGACGCCUUCCAAGAUGAGCUGAACGACAUGCUCGUGUCCCGAAUGGAUCCCACUCAGGUCUGCACCGUUUCUGGUCUGUGCUGGAAACCCGACAACUCGGAUAUCGAACAGCGAGCCAGCGAUAUUUUCCUCCGCAAGUCAGCCCAAAAUACCUGCACCACUUGCAAGACGAGCGUCAGUGAUAUGGUCGGAAUCACCAAAUUCGUGGACAAGACUGGCGUCAUUGAAGCUUUCAGCAACAUCUGCCAAAAUAGUGGAUACGCCAAGCAGAGGUGCGACGGAUUCGCUCAGACCUACGUUGCCAAGUUCCUCCACCAUUUCCAUACAGCGUCCUCCGAGAAGACCUGCCAGUUCUUCGGACGUUGUGACGGCAUGAGGCGUCCCCUGCCUAAGGGUCCCACCGAUACCCUGGAAUGCGAAUUCUGCGAAGCCAUGAUCCACAAAGUCGUCGUUCAAUUCAACAACACCUCGGCGAAAGAGCAAGUCAAGACUGUGCUCGAGAAUAUCUGCAAGAAAACCGGCUCCUACGCCGAGGAGUGCCAGCAGAGGAUCGAGGAUGACUUCGACAAGGCCUAUGAUGAGCUCAUUUCCAUGCUGGACCCCGUCAAUGUCUGUACGUUGGCCGGAAUUUGCAACAGCAACCAGAGUUUGAGGACGAUUCCCAUGAUGAAGUUGACGCCGGCUAGACCCGCAGCCCCUGGCUCAACGACGAUGUGUACUGUUUGCCGAAACGUGGCCGGAGUUGUUCAGACGGCCGUCAACGCUAACUUCACCCAGAAAGAACUAAUCAGCGCACUCGAUCUCGUUUGCGACGUCCUCUCUGGAGCCAGCAAAGAGAACUGCUUCGAUUUCGUGAACACAAACAUCCCUCAACUGAUCCAGAUGUUCAACGAGCGCUUCACUGUAGAUCACAUUUGUUCCGAGAGUUUUAACUUCUGUCCAGCUGCGCUCGAAAACUCCUUCUCGGACUAUCUUAUCAUCGGUCAGUUUUCGGACGAGCCUUCGCAGAAUUGCUCGGUUUGUCUGACAGCGAUGUCGUGGGUGUUCCAUUUCGCCAACGGUAGGAGGCACAGAGUAGUGAUAAAAUUCGGCUUAGACGAGGUGUGCAACAAGUAUCCGAACAUUCUUGUCCAGUGCAAGCGAUUCAAGGAUAUGUACAGCGCUCGAAUUUUGGAUCUCGUUGAAAAAGAGAAUGUCACCACAGCUCCAGAGGUCUGUACUCGACUGAAACUGUGCCCCGAGACACUCAAACUCUUAGCUUUCACAGAACUCCGAGCACAAUUCGACGAAGAUAAGUGCCAGAUCUGCGAAACCGCCAUUUCUUGGGUGGCGUCGCAACUCAAUGCCACCAGUACCGAGAACGACAUCAUCAGACGCGUUCAGGAGGUCUGCGACACCGACUUAUUUCCACCGAAAAUCCGAAAUUCGUGCCGGAGCGAAGUCGAAUCUUACGGCAGUCUGAUCAUACAUUUGUUAGUGAAUCGCAUGGAUCCGGAGCAGAUCUGUCCAGAAAUUCGUCUCUGUAAAACAGCUCGCGCUACGAAACCCGUCGCUCAAGGCUCGGACCCGGUCUGCGAUCAGUGCCAACAUAUCGCCGGUUAUGUGGUCGCCUCCCUAAACGAUGACCGCACCGAGGAGAACAUCAAGAAAGUCCUCGAUAAAACGUGUGAGAUGGUCCCCGUGGACUACGGCUCAUGCAAACAGCUCAUCAACGACAACAUCGACCGCUUGGUCCAGAUUCUCCGUCAGGAAGUCACAGCCGACGAAAUCUGUGAAGCUUUGAAAAUGUGCAAGGCACGCCGAAUACCGCCUCCUAGGACCCAACAUGUCUCCAAGAGCUGCGGGCUCUGCUCAACCAUCGUUGACUAUCUUAUCGAAAAGCUCAAGGGUAAUACCACCGAUGCCGCCAUCAUCGACGCUCUCGAGAAGGUCUGCAAAGUUCUGCCGAUGGAAGAGAAAAAGUGCCAAAACUUCAUCGACGUGUACGGCUCUCUCGUCGUUUCAUUGAUUGAGCAAGAGUUAGCCGCCGACGCGAUCUGUGCGGCCAUUGGACUCUGCGGAGCCCCGAAACAGGUUGUCGAAGCCCCGAAAACGAUCUGUGAUGAAUGCGAGCAGAUUGCCGGCUACCUCGUCAACGCCGUCAACGAUAAUCGUACUGAGGAAAAUAUCAAGGCCGUUCUCGAGAAGACGUGCGAAGCUUGUCCAGCGAUCGCCAAAUGCCAAGAGUUCAUCGACAAAAACGUCGACAAACUCUUCGAGCUCCUCCGACAAGCCGUAACCGUGGAUGAAAUUUGUCAAUCACUUGGUCUCUGCGCGACGCGUAUCGUACCCGUCGCGGCUCUGACGAAACACGAGGUGAACUCCGAGAGUUGUGGACUCUGCAACACAGUUGUCAGCUAUCUGAUCGACGCACUCAAGGACAACGCUACCGAUGCCGCCGCGAUCGACGCCCUCGAAAGAGUGUGCAAGGUACUCCCUUACGACCAGGCGAAAUGCCGGAAUGUCGUCGACGUGUACGGUGGAUACAUCAUCGCUCUAAUCCAACAAGAUGUGGCUGCUGAUGAGAUCUGCUCCGCUCUCGGGCUUUGCGGUUCGCCGAAACGGGUGAUGUCGGCUCCGGGGACUAUCUGCGAAGAAUGCGAGCAGAUCGCCGGUUACAUCGUCAACGCAUUGAACGACGAUCAUACCGAGGAAAAUAUCAAGUCUGUGCUCGAAAAGACCUGCGCAGCCUGUCCCGCAAUCGAGAAGUGCCAAGAAAUCAUCGACAACAACGUGGACAAGCUUUUUGAGCUCCUUAGGGAAGAGGUCACCGUUGACAAAAUUUGUCAAACGAUUGGUCUCUGCGAAUCCCGCAAACUCACUGUUGCAGCUCCGAAGACAACCUGUGACGAAUGCGAGCAGAUCGCCGGCUACAUUGUCAACGCCUUGAAUAACAAUCGAACUGAGGAAAACAUCAAGGCUGUCCUCGAGAAGACCUGCGCGGCCUGCCCUGCCAUCGAGAAGUGCCAAGAGGUCAUCGACGAACACGUAGACGAGCUCUUCGAGCUCCUCAAGAAGGAAGUCACCGUGGACAAAAUUUGUCGAGCCAUCGGUCUCUGCGGCUCCCGAAAGUCGGCGGUGAAAGCUCCGAAACCUACCUGCGCCGAAUGCGAGCAGAUCGCUGGCUACAUCGUCGAGGCCUUGAACGACAAUCGAACUGAGGAAAACAUCAAGGCCGUUCUCGAGAAGACUUGCGCAGCCUGCCCUGCCAUCGAGAAGUGCCAAGAGGUAAUCGACGAAAACGUGGACAAGCUUUUCGAGCUCCUCAGAGAAGAAGUCACCGUGGAAAAGAUCUGUCAAACAAUUGGCCUCUGCGGUUCCCGGAAGUUGGCCUCGACCCCGGUUCGAUCUCCGGAGCGAGUCCAAGGCCAGACAUGCGAGCUUUGCCGGACCGUAACGCACUUCCUCAUCGACGAGCUCAAGGACAACAAGACCGAUGAAGCCGUCCUGGAAGUCCUGGAAAGAGUCUGCAAAGUUCUGCCAGUAGAUCGCGUCGAGUGCGACAACGCCAUCGACACCUACGGUCAGAUAAUAAUCUCGAUGAUCCGACAGAAUGUCUCGGCUGACCAGAUCUGUUCCGCGAUCGGUCUCUGCUCUUCCCGGAUGAUCGCAAAGAAGGUCGGGAACGAUCAGUGCAACGUCUGCGUCCUGGUCACCGGAUUCCUCAUCGAUGAACUCAACGACAACAAGACCGACGCAGCCGUCAUUGCGGCCCUCGAGAAGGCCUGCAGCAUCGUCCCCGUCGACAAAAUCCAGUGCAAGAAUUAUGUCGAUGUGUACGGAAGCAUGGUCAUCGAAAUGAUCAAGAACAAUUUGAGUGCCGAUGAGAUCUGUUCUUCGCUGGGAUUCUGUUUCACCCGGAAGCCCCCGGUCUACGAAAAUCAAGUCUGUCCACUCUGCGAAAUCGCUGUAAACGUAGUCGAGGAGGAACUCCGGAACAACAACACGCAAAAGCAGAUUGAAGUCGCCCUGGAGAAAGCUUGUUCGCUAAUGCCCAAGAGGGAUCAAGAGUCCUGUCGUAACAUGGUCAACGUCUACACUGCGUACAUCAUUGACAUGGUGGAGAGUCUCGCCACAGCUGAGCAGAUUUGCCAAACGCUCGGUCUAUGUCCCACGCCUCCAACUCCUCCGAAGUGCGAAGUCUGCUUAUAUAUCACCAACUUCGUCGAGUCGGAGCUGGGUGACAAUCGCACGGAAGCUCGUGUCCAAGAGCUGCUCGGCAAAGUCUGUAACGUCAUUCCUAACAUGGACGUCGCGCAGUGCAAAGCGACCGUCGAGCAGGCAUCCGACAUGAUCAUCACUCUUCUUCUCCAAAUGGUGCCCCCGAGGAAAAUCUGCGAAGAGAUCAAAUUGUGUCCGGCGUCGUCGAAGCGAGACCUUUCUCCCAAAGUUUCCGUAUCGACUUCUGAACAAUGUACGUUCUGCAAGUGGCUCGUGACCUGGGUCGACGACAAGCUUCAGGACAAACGGACUGAGGCUGUCAUCAUCAAAGAGUUGGACGCGGCCUGCGAUUUACUCUCAGACGCGGGGAAAUGCAAAGACAUGGUUAACGACUACGUCGACAUGAUUGUGAAGAUGCUCGUCAUCUACGCUGAGCCCGAGAAAAUCUGCGAAGCCAUCAAGAAAUGUCCGGCGAAACAGCUUACAAAAGACGAACCUCCGUGCCGUUAUUGUCGGUACGUCAUCGAUGAGCUACGUAACGAUUUCCAGAAAACUGAAGCCGAACUCAAGGAUAAACUCGAUGGGAUUUGCCGAGUGAUCCCUGUCGAUGCCACAGCCUGUCAGAGCUUCGUGGACCGAUACGCCGAUCAGAUAAUCUCACUGAUCCUGAGCGAUACGGAUCCUGAGAGAAUCUGCGAAGUUCUCGGCGUCUGCCCCAAGAAAAUCAAAGCCUCCAGUACGAAGUGUAACUUCUGCCGAGAAGUGAUGCACUUCAUCACCAACGAGAUCAAGGACGAGGCCACGGAUGACGAGAUCGUCGCUAUGAUGGCGAAAGCGUGCAACCUCUGCCCGGCCGCUCAUCGAGAUGAUUGCCAGCGCAUGAUCGAGAUCGAAGGACUCGUAAUCGUGCGAAUGAUAGCCGAAAACAUCGACCCCGAGUCUAUUUGCGAGGCCGUGAAAUAUUGUCCGGGGAGAGGGGAUACCCACAAACUCACCUGCACUUGGUGUCAAUACGCACUGCACUUCCUCCAAGAGAAACUCUACGAUAACUCCACUCAACAAGCCAUCCGGGAAGAACUGCAGAAGAUGUGCUCGCAUCUCCCGACACCCGAAAUGAAUGCCGAAUGCAGAGAAUUCGUCGAUAUCUACGGAGCUUCGCUCGAAGUGAUCAUCGCCCAGGAUCUCGACCCGAGUGUCAUCUGUCCGGCAAUCCACGCGUGCCCCGCCCGCAGAGCAAUCGAGAAACCUGUUCGUCGGACUCGCUCGCAGAAGUGUCACGAUUGCGUGUCGACCCUCCGAUCAUUCCGCCAUAGUCCGACUCAAAUCUGCACGGAAGUCGCUCCGCAGUUUGCCGCCAAGUGUCCCGAUGCUUCUUCCAUUGGGCUGCGGGUUGUGGACGCCUUCGAAAGCGACUUCAGGAUCUGUCAGUAUGCCAAAUCUUGCUCGAAAUUGAGCGGCCGCUUCAGCUGUAACCGGGGAGGGUGCCAACUCGUACGCUGAGAUGUUGUGCCAAUAAUACAGACCGCGCCGAGAAUCGAUCAUCAGGGAUGACUCAAACGAGAGUCAGAAGAGCCGUUUCGAGCUUACGAGAAGCCGAAAAAAUAAUUCUAAGCUACAUUUCGAUCUUGUGUGAAAUCUCUGAGGCGGACUUGUUCCGCAUUUCAGGUCAUCGAGUAAUUUUGUAAUAAUGCCAGUCGUCCCGGAUGCGAUCCAGGCUCUGCUAAUAAAUUUUGUGCCCUUGUAGCAAGAA